CCCCAUGUGGUUGGCUAGUAAUUAAUCCCUUCACUAAAUUUCCCAACUAUCAAUUAGGUUGUUACUCGGUUUGGUUUGGUUAUAACUUAUAACCAUAACUUUUUACUCGGUUCUCAUUUAGUUGUUAACUAACUUUUUUGCUUACGGUUGACAGUACCAUUUUAUAUUAGUUGAUUAAUCAUAACAAUAUAAUCGAUUAAACAGCUAACCGUUUAAAGUGAUUCGACAAGAUUAGAAUUACACGAGAAGUUUAGGUAUUUGAGAAGGAUAUAUGCAUAUAAAAUUGGAGUCGACUUGGAGCAUCCAUAUCCACGCAGCAUGGAUACACGUACGAUUUUGUUAGGCCCCCCGACUGAGAGGCUUAUCCAUUCAACUAAUUCCUUUCUUCCACUCUUUACCCUUCUUAUUAUUCCUUCUCAUCUGUGCGCCCAUUCCAAAUAUACUAAAUACAGAAUGGGCAUUUCGAUGAUUGAGAGAAAAGUAUUAUAAUUAUUAAUUAAUAAUUAUGACAAUAAUUAUUAUUAUAAUUAAAGGCGUAGCAGCAGCCAAGUGCAAGUAAAACUUUUGCGGAGCGGACGGAUGAUGAGCAAACUUUCUCUUCUUCUCGGCAAAUUUUCCGGUGGUCCAGUCGGCCGGCCAGCAAGCCGUGACGUCGUCGCUCGUUGGUUUGAAAGGUUCAAAGAUCAAAACGGCGGGGUUUUACUUGCAAGCGAUUAUGUGGUGGUAAAUGUGUCCGGGUGUCCUAUUAGUAGCGUGGCCAACUUGGUCCAUCUGCUUAAAUUACUUGCGCACCACGUUUAGGCAUGUUGUUUUUGGCAGUUUGGGGAUCGUCCUCCUCCAAUCCAAAAUUCACUGCACCUAGGCGGAGGACUGCAGAGCGGUGAAAUUUUGUUUCUGACCCCUAAAAACCUACGAAUCAUUCUUCUAUUCUGGUCCACAUGCCUCGCCCACUUUACAGAAUCAUCACUCUGUUUUUUUUUUUUCUCUCUUUUAUCAGUGAAUCAUAUGGCUCACUAAUUUAUCUGUUUCAACGAAGUCUGCAGCUGAUUUCGGCAUUUGUUUAUGGUUAUUGGCUCGAACAUUUUAUUCACGGUUUUUUUAUGCAUGUGUUAUUUGAAAAAAAAUAAUUUUGGGGGGACUUUUCUGAAAGUUCAAAACUUUUUUUUCUAAAAUUUGAUGGUAAGGAUCAAAAAGUGCACAACAUAAGGGGGCAGCCAGCCAUAGAGAUUGAGUAUAGAUCUGGAAAGCAGCCAUAGCAUAUUUUAGAUUUAGUUAGCGAUGUGUAACAUUUACUUUGGGAGUACUUACCAACUAGGAAUAAAAUCAUUACUUUCUUUAAAUCAUAUGUGAUCUUCAAAAAUUGUAUAUCUUAGAGCUACAGAUCGUCAGUUAGUCUCGAAUGAAUCCAUCUCUUUCCUGAAAAACGAUGUAGAAGUAUCAAAAUCUUUACAUCUCUGAGUUCAUGACUAAUUCACCCUUUCUCCCCUUACGUCAAAUUCUCCGAAUCAACAUUAAGUACAAGCUUUCCUAAGGCAUCUCUACUUAAAGUUUUACGAAUUCUUCCAUCCUUCGGCACAUCGCCAUCUCUUUUCUUUACCACGGUGUUUUCCUUUGCAAAAACAUUCACGGGAGGACUAUUGUUAGAUCCCAUUCCCUUAAAUUGUCUGACUUGAUCAACCCUACCUUAAAAAUCUUGGUUGGAACUUUCUCCUUAAUGAGCCUCCCCUCCAAUCUGCCCUGAAGCAGUGAGGUAUUUCUAUUCAAUUCUAAUAAAUUUUGGUCUUAACACUCAUACUUUCACAACUCUAGUGUUUGGGCAUAUGAUCAUCAUCACAGUCUCCGAUCUUUGUUGCUUUCUAAACAUUACGGCAAUAUGAGAUACCUUAGGUCAAUAAUUUUAACAUUGACCAUGAGGCUAUUCAGCUUACUGGUCAUCCUCCUAGCGAGCUUCUCAUGAUUUCGGCUUUAACUCUUCCACCAGGUUUGAGGGUAUUCCACUACUUCCUCACACGCAAUGCAGUCAAUUCUUGUUCGGUGCUUUUGAAUACUUGUUGGAGGCGUAUGAAUGUGAGUUUGUCUAUGUAGAAUACUGGUUCAUCACCUGUUUAAUAAUACUAUUUUUGUAUUUCAUGAAAAUUUGUUCUUCUAAUGUAAAAUAUAAGUUCGUCUAUGAUACGAAUACUUCUUGAUAUGCUUAAGAAUACUAUUUGGUGUCGAUAUGAAUGCUAUUAUUGUCCAACUAUUUAGUAAUAUUUCAUCGUGUAUUCACCUCACAGAUCACUUAACUUUGUCCCUGGAAGAUGAUGACGCAUGGGUGAACAUCUUUAUCACAGUAAAGGAAAGAGCUUAAGAUUAAUGCACGCUAUGCUCAUAGAGGAAGGUUUUUUGCUUGAAUUCAAGGCGAACACCUAAAACAAAUCUAAAAGGCAAGAUGGAGGAAUAAAUAUUGUUACCUAUACUAUAAGUGCAACAAUAAAGGUUUUUUUUUUUACCACUAGUCAGUCAAAUCCAGUGAGUGAGAAGAACAUGGCCAAGGACCAUGUUGUUGUCAAACCCCACCCUAAAAGAAGACGACUUGCAGUUAGAGUAGGAUGAAAUGCUCAUGUAGACUUUUGAUGUGAUACAUAUAGGGAUGUAUUUGAGUUGACAUUAUUCGAUGGGCUCCACAAUCAUACUUUGCACUCUAAUGAGAAUUAGCACUUAGUAAAAUCUAGCAAGUGUGUGAGCGAGGCUCAAGGACUAAUGACUGAAGCAAACGAGGAUGCAUGGGUGAGUGCGAGUCCUUCGCAUAAGUUGUUGGCCAAGUGCGGUGGUGGGUAUGAAAAUCUUACUCUUAAAAGAAGGGAUCAAAACAACUACUUGAACAAGAGAACGAAAAAAAAUAAGACUUUUACUUUGGAUCCGGCAUAAAACUCCUUUUCUGCCUCUGAACUACAUUGAUAUUUUCCCCCACAAUCCAUGACCGCAAUCCGGAGUAGACCAGGUUGCAUCCAAUUUUGAUUGCAACUGGACCGGGUCCAAUAUUCGGUUUAACCGAAAAAAUUGUGAACCAGUUCCCACUAGGUUUUAGACCAUAGCCGCAUCGCAUUGACUAAAAACCAAUAUGGUCUGGACGAGGCCACGAUCCAAAGUGAAAGCCGGAAACCCAAGCUUGGUCAAAAAGCCCAAAAUGAGAUACAUAAAUUGAAAAAAAAAUGAAAUUAAAAAAGGGAAAGAAAAAAAAAUAUAUCGUGAAGUGAAGAAAUCAGGAACCGAGGAACGCCUCAGGCUUCUCCAUCACCACACCAGGUCGCUUCUACGCUCGGAACUCUGCGACGCUACAACGAAUAGCUUCGGAACUCUCGCUUUGCAUCUCUCUCCCUCUGAAUCCAUAGCCAUGGCGGCCUCUCUGCUCUCGCCGCUCUCUGCUCCGUCGACAGAGCUCUUAGCUCCCACUGCCGGCCUUCCAAAAUCGUCUUUCCUCUCCAGUACGAACCUCCUCUUCUCUGCUGCCAAUCCACUGAAGCAGAGAGCUGCAGUUCAGCGUAGAUACUACACAUCUCCUUCCGCCUCCGGGAAGCCUUUUGACCGCAUUCCUCAGCGGUUCCGGCAAGAAAACCUCAUCGACGGACUGAUGGAAAACUACCAAAAUGUUCCUCGGCAGUUGUAUGGGCUUUCUCCUUCACAAAUGGAUAUGUUUAUGACUGAAGAUAACCCCAUUCGGAGGCAGUCUGAAAGAGUCACAGAGGAAAGCAUUUCAUCUAGAUGCAACUAUCUGGAUCAUGGCGGGAUGUACACUACAUCAGGUAUGACGGAUAUGGGUCCAGCAAAAUAUAGCAUGAGUGUGAGCAUGUAUCGGGGUGGAGGUGGGAGGGGCGGAAUUGGAAGGCCGAGAUCCGCUCCUCCGGAUCUGCCUUCUUUGCUCUUAGAUGCUCGGAUAUGCUAUCUUGGAAUGCCGAUAGUACCUGCAGUCACCGAGCUUCUUGUUGCUCAGUUUAUGUAUCUGGACUAUGAUGAUGCGACAAAGCCUAUUUACCUGUACAUAAACUCAACUGGGACACAGAAUGAGAAGAUGGAGACUGUUGGUUCUGAAACCGAAGCAUUUGCCAUUGCUGAUGCUAUGGCAUAUUGCAAGUCAACUGUCUACACUGUGAACUGCGGGAUGGCAUAUGGUCAAGCUGCAAUGCUUCUAUCACUUGGAGCCAAAGGCUAUCGUGCCAUGCAGCCCAACUCAUCUACAAAGCUUUAUCUGCCUAAAGUCAAUGGAUCAAGUGGGUCUGUCAUAGAUAUGUGGAUCAAGGCCAAAGAGCUGGAUGCAAAUACGGAUUACUACAUUGAGCUGUUAGCUAAAGGAACUGGGAAAUCAAAGGAAGAAAUAAAUAAGGACGUUCGGCGACCAAAGUAUCUGAAUGCACAAGAGGCAAUAGAGUAUGGCUUGGCAGACAAACUGGUUGACUCAAGUGACGAUGCAUUUCAGAAACGGGACUAUGAUGCGUUGCUUGCUCAGUCUAAAGCUAUGCGUGCAGCGGCUGCUGGUCCACGAGCAGCUCCUACCAGAUUUGGUUGAUUAUCAAUUAGAUAGUCCAUUAUGCUGCUACUGCUCAAAACUAUUAUAUAGUGUACAGAACUCGUAGCAGCUCUUCACAAGGUUUACCUUAAUGUUGCCGGGGGCAAAGGGUUUCUGUUAUAUGGUUCUCUAGUUUACUCUAACAUUUCUCAACUAGGGCACACCAUACAUUUGCCCCAAUUUUUACCCAAAUACAGCUCUUUGUCGUAGAAUUGCCAUGAGAAUGAUGUAGCUUUGAACUUUCCUGAACUACUUAUGAAACAUGUGGCGUAGGUGCACGAUGAACGAAAACGUUGAACCCUAUCAAUGGGGUUUCUUUGCGCGCUGCAAUUGUUAAUUU